GGGCUUUGUAAUUUCCGUUGCCCGUGUCAGUCAGUGUCACUAUCGUUGUUGACGAGUAGUACUUUACGUUGUUUAAUUUCAUUAAGCGCAGAGUUGGAACUCUGUCAGCGCACCAAAACUGGAUCAUCGACCCCAGUAGUUGGGGAAGAUCGACAGAGCAUGGCGCGACUUCAAGCUGCUUAGCGGCAAAGGUCAUCUUCGGCUGAGAGCUGGAGUGGGAAAGGCAUUAUGACGUCAAACCUGAAAACCCCGCGCACGACAAUACAGGACUACACCAAGGGUAUUCCCACAGAGAAGACUCUUUGUGUGUCUCGGAAAAAGCGGCCUCUCUCGCGGUCACCACAGUCAAAACAUGAAACUGAACCAUGGCCUGGUGGUUCGGCUGCCAAAAGAUCUCGAUCAACAUCUGUCGGCGAAUUAAGUGAAGACACGCCAAGACAUCUGAUAACUGGUUUCCUUACAACACACAAUUCAACUCUGCCAUUAGCACGACACCAGAGUCGGAUCGGUGCCAGCACAGAUAUGCCUCCACCAAGUUCGAGAUCAAAACGAAGUCGAAGACGGUCGUCUCUAGGAAUACCACAGGUUGACGAGAUUGUGAAGAAGUUCACACCUAGAACUGCUAUACAGGGACUGCUGUUACAGGCUUCUGAGGAAACACCUGUUACAGGCAAUGCAGGGGUCAGAAUGUCACAAUCUCACCAAUCUCUGCCUGGCGUUGAUUCAUUACUUAAAGAUCCUUCUUUUGAGCCAUUACAUAAAAGUUUUAUGGGUGAUAUUCCCUCAAGUGGAAAGCAGAAGAGAGGUACUCGGCAUCGCAGACCUAUCCAGUUAGAUGUUGAACAUGAAAGAAGAGAAAUGUUAGAUGAUGAUGACGAUGAUGCAUCUGAAAAUGAAGCAAUAAUGAAUUGUUCGGAACGAAGAACACCUGCUCGUUCGUGUAAUUCUGCAGUAGGUGAUUCUGUUACCAAGUCAUCUCGGUCAGCGGGCCGACGGAAAUCAUGGGGAGAGAAACAAGAAACAAGUACAUCCAUCACAGAACAUAACUCAACAACUACAAACUCCUCCCCUAGCACACGUCAGGCACACCAAGCAGACGCACAGUGGAGUAAUCGCUCCCCCAGCAGACGCAAAUCACAGAGAAAUGAAACAGAACCCAACACUCCAUACUCCCUAAGCAGACGUCAGUCACUCCAAACAGAUGCACAGUUGAGCAACAACUCUACAGGUCAGUCCAUCAGUCCGGCAUCUGUGAAAGUUAAAAGAAGAACUCCAUUGUCGCCAGGCUCCCGACGUAUGUCUCAAGCAGAUGUUGAGAUUGGUGGGAAAACGUUUCAUGAGUUUGCCAGUCAGACAUCUCCAGUUGUUGUUGGAUGGGCAAAUGCAGCGACUUCGGUCUCACCCCGGAGUCCACGAUCGUCCCUGCGAAUUGAAGUUGGAAGAAGUAACUUCGGUGUGAAGGAUGUUAUGAGAACACGACGUUCAUCAAGGAGCCAGCUGAUUUCAGUUUCGAUGGACAACAAUACUGCCAGUCAGACUGACUCUCCAGCUAAAAGACACUCGUUACACAAACAGGCAAUGCUUAAUGCCAGUCAUACAGUAUAUGAAGCCGAUAAUCUUACACUCCCAUCAUCUGUCAGUCGAAGUUUGUCUUCAGCACGGAGUGUCAGUAUUGGUCAUACUGAAAACAUCGCCCCAUCUUCAGCUGGAAAGAGACGCUCGUCGCUGAAGCAGACAACCAUAGAUUUCAGUUUAGUAGGAGGGCAAACAGGAAGCCAAACUGCUGAUUCUACUAGCCAGAUACAUUCAGAUCAGACACCGAGUACUGGAGACGGAUCCAGUAAUGCUGAUUACUCUAGGUCAUUGUCAUCUGGUGCUGUUGUAACACGCUCGUCUCAAAGCUUUGACAGUUCAUUUUACCAAAGAAAUUUUGGAAUGCCCAUUCAAAAUAGCAUGUCUCCUGGACAUCAAAGCUCUUCUCAUAAACGAAGAUCAAGUUCAGUGAGACGAAGCUAUCAGGAUGAGGACCCAGCUCCACAAAUCUCUCCUCGAAGAACAAGUUUACUCGGACAAAAUAAUCAGGAAGCAGACCUGGUUCGACAUAGCUCUCCUCGAAGAACAAGUUUACUCGGACAAAAUAAUCAGGAAGCAGACCUGGUUCGACAUAGCUCUCCACGAAGAUCAAGUUCAUUCAGACAGACUAAUCAAGAAUCUAACUUGGUUCGACAAAGCUCUCCACAAAGAUCGAGUUCAUCGAGACAGAGCCAUCAUGGUGAGGUUUUUGAUGAUGACACUGACGAGAUUGAUGGGGAUGACAUCUCCAGUGUCGUGCAGAGUGUCAUUGGACAGCUAGCUUCAGAGAAUGAGGCCGAAAAUGUGCUUGGUGUUUCGGUGGAAGGAGAUGACAUGGCUGAUGACGAAGUCAUAGCAACAAAUGAAGAAGAGGAGGAAGAGGAAGGAGACGAGGACCAGGAUGUAGAAACAGUGGAGGGUCAUGCAGAGAGUCUGCUGCUCAAGAAUGCCAGUACUGAUAACACUGAAAAGGCUGUAAGUAAGACACAAAAGCCCAGAAAGCCAAGGAAACAACCUGAGCACCUGCCUGUAAGUGUCGUCAAGGGAGUGUUUACUCACUUCUCCAGGGCUAGAGUGACUAAAGAAGCAGUAGCAGAGGUCGUAAAAAUUUCUGGGAAGUUUUGGAAAUCAAUAGCUGGUGAUUUGGAGUCGUAUGCCAAACAUGCUGGGAGAAAAACGAUAAUGGAUGAAGAUGUCGCACUACUAAUGAGAAGACAAGGUUUCGUGACUGAUAAGAAAUCUCUCACCACACUGGUACACCAGUACUUGCCCCUGGAGCUGCGUGAACAAGUGAUUCCCAUAGCCAGGUCCGGAAACAAGAUAGAACUCAACAGAAAAUACCUCUCAUAGCCUGUUGUCGUUGUACCAGAGAAUAAAAAUAAAACUUAGGAUUGAAGAAUUUUGAAAGGUUGUCCUUGGGUCAGCUCUAAUUAAAGUACUCUGGGAUUGGGAUGUAGCAUAUUUGUUAGUGUUCACAAGAAAUUAUCGAUGGAGACGGAUUUUAGUCUCUGUGAUUCUACCUAACCGAGUCUGUUAACAGCUAACCAUAUAUAUAUAUAUAUAUAUAUAUAUAUAUAUAUAUAUAUAUAUAU